AUGAGUGGUGCAUCACAGUCCAGCUUUGACCCGUUGGUCCAAAACGUCACAUUCCUCGGCCCCGAUGGCGAGACCCCCGUCGUGGUGCCCAUGGCUGCCGUUGAUGCCUUUGACAACGAGUCCAUCAACACGGUCCUCAACUACGGUGUCCAGAUCGGCGCCUGCAUCAUCAUGCUACUCGUCGUUCUGCUAAUGACGCCGCGCACCAACUUUGCGCGCCCCUCGGCUGUGCUGCACAUCCUCGGUCUCAUGGCCUGCAUCGUUCGCACCUCGCUUCUCGCAAGCUUCUUCCUCUCGCCCUUCAAUCACUUCUACCAGUACUUCUCCGGUGACUACUCGUCCGUCUCGACGCACUUCUACGCCACGAGCGUCGCCGCCACCGUCGUCUCCCUGCUGCUCGUCGUUAUCAUCGAGGCGGCCCUGAUGAACCAGGCCUGGACUAUGGUCCGGCUUUGGCCCGGCCACGUGCGAUUCGGCAUCAUCGCCAUCUCGUCUGUCGUCUCGUUACUGACCAUCGGCUUCCGAGUUGCCUCCAUGGUCAUCCAGUGCCAGGCCAUCUUCGCCCUAGCAUAUCCCGACGACAAACUGUGGGUGCCAAAGGCGGUGCUUAUCACUAACAUCGUCUCCAUCAGUUGGUUCUGCGCCGUCUUCAACAUCAAGCUCAUCUCCCAUCUCAUAUCAAGCCGGGGCGUCUUGCCCUCGGCCAAGGCGCUGUCGUCGAUGGAGGUGCUCGUCAUGACCAACGGCAUUCUCAUGAUCGUCCCAGUCAUUUUCGCCGGUCUCGAAUGGGGCAAGUUCUCCAACUUCGAGGCCGCUUCCAUGACUUUCACGGCCGUCGCCCUCAUCCUUCCCCUUGGAACGCUCGUCGCGCAACGUAUAUCCACGCGGCAAAGCCCCUCAGGGGGGGACGGCGGCGGCGGCGGCGGCGUCGCCAAUCACAACAUCGCGCAGAUGCCCCCCCACGGCAACUCCUCUCCCGGCCGCAGCAACACCGACUACUCAUCUCCCGGUCCUUCGGUCGCCCAGGUCGUAGCCAACGGCCCUCUUCAGUGCAGCGAAGUCUCCAAGUGUGAGCGCGGUAUGAUGUAUCCCGGAGCCGGGACCGGCAUGGCAGCUCGAGAUCACUACGACCUCGAGCUCAGCAAGAUUGAUUCCACGAGCGAGCUCACCACUGGACCACCACGGUCAGCCCAAGGUGGACGAACCAACUUGGAUCGGGAGAUGCAGAUGCGCGGCCAGAGUCUUUAG